CGUCUCUCCCCUCAUAGCAAAAAUGGCGCCCCAAUUCGAGCCCAUGAAGAACAACUUGAUUCUACGCACGGCGAGAGGCGAAAAAGUCGAGCGCCCACCAAUAUGGGUGAUGCGACAAGCCGGGCGCUAUCUCCCCGAAUACCACAAGGAAAAGGGAAACAACGACUUUUUUGAAUGCUGUCGCAGCCCCGAAAUCGCUUCCAAUCUCACCCUCCAGCCCAUUGAUCGCUACGCGGGGCUCAUCGAUGCCGCCAUCAUCUUCUCCGACAUCCUCGUCAUACCCCAGGCCAUGGGCAUGGAGGUUAUCAUGGUCGACAAGAAGGGACCCCAUUUCCCCGACCCACUACAAACUCCGGACGACAAGCAGUACAAGGAGGUUCUUGAGAGGAAGGUUAAUGUGGCAGAGUCGCUCGACUACGUAUACAAGGCCAUCACCAUGACCAGGCAAAAGCUGGCAGGGAGGGUACCGCUGAUUGGCUUCUGCGGCGCGCCCUGGACCCUGCUCUGCUACAUGGUUGAAGGGGGCGGCAGCAAGAUGUUUAUCCAGACCAAAACAUGGAUCUACAAGUACCCAGAACAGAGCAAGGCACUACUGGAGAAGAUUGCAGAGCUUUGUGUCGAGUAUCUCGCUCUGCAGGUACAGGCUGGAGCUCAGAUGAUCCAAGUCUUCGACUCCUGGGCUGGAGAGCUGUCGCCGUCGUGCUUUAAGACAUUUGCUCUUCCGUACCUGAACCACAUCGCCGACAACCUCCCCGAGCGACUCCGGUCUAAAGGCCUAGAGCCUGUCCCAAUGACCGUCUUUGCCAAAGGAGCGUGGUAUGCUUUGUCGGACCUUUGCGAGACAAACUACAACACGAUUGGGUUGGACUGGCUACAUGCACCGGCAGAGGCAUACAAGGUAGCGCAGGCAAAGGGCAAGGUGCUGCAAGGCAACGCUGACCCCGGUGUCUUGUAUGGCAGCAGGGAAUCCAUCACAAAGGCCGUGGAGGAGAUGGUUGCUGGCUUCGGCGGUGGCAAGCAGGGAUGGAUUGCCAACCUUGGUCACGGAAUCACACCAUUUGUCAAGCCGGACGAUCUCAAGUUUUACUUUGAGGAAAUCCACAGAUUAACAAAGGAUUAAUUGACUUGCGGUGGCCAAGACUCUCUGCGGUUGGGACGUGCUUGGGCCAGAGUUCCCCAGAGCCUUCCCGACUGUUUGCACAAUGCGAUGAGACAUUUAUCACGUGGUGAUAGCUCAGGCCGACCGCUCACAUGAAGAUGAUGGCUGUUCUGCCCAGCCCGCCCUCGCAUGUCUUGUGCUGCCCGACUGGCAAGACUGCAUGGUUAGGAGCCCUGUCUCAGUUCCCCAGCCCAAAAUAAAACUUUG